AUGACGACAGGUGGCACAUCAGGAACUAGCGCUACCUUGACAACAGGAGGCACAUCUGGAAGCAGUGCUACCAUGACAACAGGAGGCACAUCUGGAAGCAGUGCUACAAUGACAACAGGAGGCACAUCAGGAACUAGCGCUACCUUGACAACAGGAGGCACAUCUGGAAGCAGUGCUACCAUGACAACAGGAGGCACAUCUGGAAGCAGUGCUACCAUGACAACAGGGGGCACAUCUGGAAGCAGUGCUACCAUGACAACAGGAGGCACAUCUGGAAGCAGUGCGACAAUGACGACAGGUGGCACAUCAGGAACUAGCGCUACCUUGACGACAGGAGGCACAUCUGGAAGCAGUGCUACCUUGACAACAGGGGCACAUCUGGAAGCAGUGCUACCAUGA